AUAAAAAUCACUUGUCGUUCGAAAAAAACGCUCACAUAUGCCCGUUUGAUAAUAAUUAGCAGAACAGUGAGACGGUAACCUGCUGGAGAACACCUGGACUGAACACUCUGAGCACAGUUAGUGGCACCAUGCAGGGAUCUCUGGAUAAUGACAUUAAUCAGGAUUUUCAGGAUGCCAUUGAUGUGAUGCAGCGACACUCAGAAAUAUUCUACUAUGAUACAGACAGUAAAUACAGUGACAACCUCAGAAGUCACGAUUCUCCAGUGCAAUACUCAGUGUCUUGUUACCGCUACAUGCCUCACAAUGCAGGAUCGUCUGCUGCGUAUGACUGGGGUGAAGCACCAUCAUGGUCUCAUAUAGUACCAGAAGCGUCUCCAUGGGGAACCGCCGAACCUUCUGUGCUUUACCCGAUAAUACCUGAACGGCUCAGAAAAGGCCGCAAGAAGUUGCGUCUGUAUGAAUACCUUCACGAAGCACUGCACGAUGCCAGCAUGGUCGACUCCAUCCAGUGGACGGACCGCAGCACUGGGACAUUCCACUUCAUCUCCAAAAACAAAGAAAAGUUGGCUGAAUGCUGGGGCCAGCGCAAAGGCAACCGCAAAGCCAUGACCUACCAGAAAAUGGCACGGGCGCUACGCAACUACAGCCGCACGGGCGAGAUCGUGAAAGUGCGCCGCAAACUCACCUACCAGUUCAACCCGCUGAUCCUGCAGAGACUGGAGACCAUGAGCACAUCUGUUCCCUCAACACAAGAGCUCAUUCCUCACCACCAAAUCCCUGCUGAACAGGGCUACUACUGCUCAUCUGGAGCUGACUGGCACAACUGGUACGCACAAUGCCCUUACCCUGCAGAGUACGACUUCACAUCUGCACUGACGUCAACAGAAAGCCUGAAAACACACAACCCAUCUCAGGGAUGAGAAAACUGUGAGAUGUUUCUGUUCCUGACACUGAAAACCUGCCUGCAAACUGAGGGCAUUAAACGCUAUGCAGUUAACCUGACUGCAAUGUGUUCUGUAGUCCUGUAAUGCUGAACAGCACAGGAACACAUGCUAGGGAUAUAAAACAUCCUAGAGCUAGAAAAAAACCCUAAACGUUUAAUAAACAAACGUUUAUUAUUUGUUUUUGUGUACUCAAUUAUAUCUAAAAUUGUAAGUUCCUAUUCACUGUAUUUCACUGAAAACCUGUAGGGAAAAACAUGAAGUAAAUAUUUGUUUUGAAUGUACAUGAAUGUAAACAUGCUGUAUUUAAUUUUUGUAAACAUUCAAAUAAAACUGUAUC